CGCUUUCCUCCAGCGCGCAGGCGCGGCGGAGUCGCUGUCGGGGCUCUGUCCGCCGCCGUGGCCCGGCGGGCUGCGGCGGGGACCGGCGAGAGCGGCAGCAUGCGGCAGUCCCUGACUCAGCAGCGCCCGGGCGGCGUGGCGCUGCCCGACUCCGUGGGGUCGUUCAAUAGAAGAAAAAGAAAUUCCCUCUACGUAACUGUGACUCUCCUCAUUGUGUCAGUAUUAAUUCUAACGGUGGGCCUAGCUGCUACAACAAGAACCCAAAAUGUGACUGUUGGAGGUUAUUACCCAGGGGUUAUUCUUGGUUUUGGAUCCUUUCUUGGAAUAAUUGGAUCAAACUUGAUAGAAAACAAAAGGCAAAUGCUGGUUGCAUCGAUCGUCUUCAUCAGCUUUGGUGUCAUCGCUGCGUUCUGCUGUGCCAUAGUAGACGGCGUCUUUGCUGCCAGACACAUAGAUCUGAGGCCACUCUAUGCAGGACGAUGUCAGUACUACUCCAAGAGUACAACUCCACCAGAGGCAGUCUGUCACCCACAGCGCCGUGCACCCUGCACACCGAAAAUAAAAACCAACACCUGCUUCUGCUGUGACCUGUACAACUGUGGAAAUCGAGUAGAGAUUUCUGGAGGCUACUAUGAGUACAUCGAUGUCAGCAGCUGCCAGGACAUCAUCCACCUUUACCAUUUGCUUUGGUCCGCCACAAUUCUGAACAUAGUGGGGCUGUUUCUAGGGAUCAUUACAGCAGCGAUACUUGGAGGCUUCAAGGACAUGACUCCUUCCCUGCCUACGUUAAACUGUACAGUUGAAAAUGCACACCCAUCAGUGUCCUACUACUCCAGGCCACAGGUGACGUCUUACAACACCUACUACCACAGCACUCCUCACUUGCCUCCCUACUCUGCAUACGACUUUCAGCAUUCCAGUGUGUUUCCAGCCUCUACUCCUUCUGGCCUCUCCGAUGAGCCCCCGUCAAUGUCUCCAUCUCCCAGCUAUAUGUGGUCCUCCAAUGCGCCGCCUCGCUACUCGCCACCAUACUUUCCACCUUUUGAAAAGCCACCACCUUAUACACCAUAAGAAAAAGGAACAAAAAAAUACUUGCCAUUGAAGUAGUUGUGAACAUUUUGUAUUUGUAUUUUACUGUCAGAGGAAGCAGGAGUUUAACAGUAACGAGAAAAGAUAACGUCGUAGGGUAUUUUCAUGUACGUCUAGCAAAUAGAACUUUCCUGAGGGGAGAAGCUUUUCAUAGGCAAGCUGGAUUUAUUUCAGGAUGCUUCUUGAGGUAGAAAGUGAAAUGGAGUUGUCUCUCUUUGAAUUGUAACUAAUGCUGAAGUCAAAUAGUUUGGGUGGUUGCACUGCCUAAAUCUUCCUUGUAUUCCUAUAAAGAGCAUCAGAAACUGUCCACAAGUCUCUGAAACAGUGCAGUGAAAACAUUUCCCCUUCACCUUCUCUUUGGUUGGGAUUUUUUUUCUUUUCUUAAGUUUCUACUGUUAACUUUUUUAAUAGACUGAAUCAACACCUUGAAUAAGCACUGGUUUUGUAUCUGUAUUAUGGGCUGCACAUAAGGAGUAUCCACUACUAGUUCUCCAAGUUGUAAGUCUCACAUGGAUAAAAUUCAACACUGUGUAAUAUAGGAUGAAACUGAUCGGAAUUUGCAAUUAUUGUUGUGACUUCCAUUUAAUCUUCAGCUGAUAAUUGUGCUGAUUGAUCUAGAUUACAACAUAUUUUGCAUGCAUCCUGCAUAACAAGAGAAGGUCAGCUUUGUUAUGUGACACACUGUCCUGUAAAGUGUGGUUCUACUCCAGGAAGUGAUUUCAGAUGACAACAUUCAGAUAUGAGCUGCUCAACCUGAGCAUUCUCAACUGCUUACUUCAGGUACUGACUUUUUGUUCCUUAUUUCCUAGAGAUUUGAUUUCCUUGGCAUUAGAUUGUUGGCUGUAAUUCUCAGUUGUCUGUGAUUCCUUUAAAUUGGUGCAGAUGAAAAGCUAAGCCUGGCUUUCAGAAUCUGAAAGUGGAAUACAUGCUCAGGGCUGGGAGAAGGAGCAGGGGAGAAACCAAACAGAUGAACUUUAAACCAUGGCAUCUCUCUUCUUUUAAUUGAAAGAAAAAGAGAAAUACUGUCAACAAAGAAAACAUUGCUCUCUGAUCUCACUUUUCAAAGUACACCAACACUUUUGCAAUGCUGUUUUUAAUCCUCUGCAUUUGCAAAGCCCUUAGGCUAGACUAUGUGUUAACUGUAUCAUUUCCACUGUUGAAUAGUGAUCAGUGUAUUAAUAAGCUAAAGGAUGACACUCUUUAUCCAGAAGUAAAUGUAACUUUUCUCCAGUGACAGGAAAGGAAUACAGCUUGUAGGAUUUAAAGCAGUAGUGUAUGCUGAACACAUUCUGGUGACAUUUUGUUUUACUACAGAUUGUUGAAGUGCAGCUCCUUAAAUUUGCCCACUAGAUAUCAGCUUGUACACUGGGCCAUGAUCUAUUUUGUAUUACAUCUUCCUGAGUUAAAUCUUGAUAAAGGGAUCAAGGGCAACUUCAAAAUAGACAGUACAUCUGAAAAGGAUCCCUACAAAUUAGAGGGCCACAUUAGUAUCAGAAAAUAUUUUAAAUUGGAGUUCUGUCCCAUUUCUGACAAAGACUCUACCAUUUGUGCCUGUCAACUAAAGAGGGCUGGAAGGACUAAGAGAAGCUACAGAGCAGGACUAAGAAACUCACGAGGGUGUGUUAUAUUGAAAGGUAAAGUAAUUUGGCAAGAAAUAAACCCCAUUGUGUUCCAGACUGCCCUCAGAGGGGCUGGGUUGGCUUAGAAUCUGAGUGAUACCCAAAUCAGCACUAUGGAUAUUCAACUACCAGGAUUAGGGAUACAUUAACAGUGCACUGCACUUUCAGACCAGCUGCCCUUCGUGAACUCCAUGACCAUACUAAAGGAGCUUGGUCAUGUUCAGUGAGAAACCUUUACAACUCUCUUAAUGAACAGUGCAAUUUACUGAAGCAACAGGAGUACAGGCUCUCAAGGACUGAUGGUGAUAAGUGUGCUGUCUGCAAAGCAUGAGCAAGUGUAACAAAUAAAUAAUGCAGCCUAGCUACAAAUGCACAAAGUCAGAAAACUGUUCUGUAGAGAUUUCUGAGUUUGCCUGAAGAAGUACUCAGUGUAACCAAGACUGCAGAUCUUUCCCAAAACGUGUCUCUGGGGUGGGGCAGGGGAGGCUCAGCCUGUCAACUGAGCCCAGAAGUUGGAGGUGGUCUGCAGUGGUAUCUUCCAUGAUGUCUCCCCUCUCUUAAGCCUUUUUAUACUGCUUUUUACCUUGCAGGUGGAGCUUGAAUGACUCUAGAUGUAGAUACCUUCAUUGCAACUGGUGUAAAACUCUCUGGCUUCACUUUCCUAAAGACUAGGAAAAAAAUCAGAGUGCAAGCUCAGUGAGAGAUGGUCACACCUUGGAGGCAGGUAGUCUUUGGGAUGGAAGUGUGUUUUGGUGUUGUAAUAGGCAAAGUUCACAGAAAGUACAGCAUUUCAUCGAAAAAAAAUGACAGAGUGUUGCCUCAGGAUAGCAGAUACACAGCUUAUCAGUUCCAUAGUACCAUCCAGUUCCCGGCUCUGCCGUGAUACCGUAAAUCCUGGCUGUGCUGUCUUCACUCUGCUCCACCCUCUGUGCUGUUCCUAUGGUUGCAGGCUAUGCUGCUCAGGGAACCGCAGUGGAAUGGAUUCCUCACAUACCAGCUGUGCUCCACCUGGAAGCUUUUUUAGUGUCAUACCUUUCUUUAAUGUGUGAGCAAUGCCCUACCUUUAAUACAGUUUCCAAGACACCUCCAGUAAUGAUUCUGCAGGGGAACACAACUUAGUGGCAGAGAAACAGUUAGGAAACCAUUGUGUCAUUGGCUUUGAGUUGACAAAUACUAAACUUAGGAAAUUAUCCAAGUUACUGGUUUGGUUUUUUUUUCAGAUGAAUAUUUAAGCAAAAAUUACAUUGCUGCUUUAAAUUCACUAUAAAAGUGAAAGUCCAUUUUCACACUUACAAAGUUACUGGUGGGAUUUUCUGUUGAAUUACCUGUUUCCUUCUGCUUAAGUAUAGAACUAAACAUUCAAUGUAAAUGCAACAUUCUGUGCUGUACUCAUCAUUUCUUCUGAGAGUAUCAAGAUUGUGACUCAUAUGUACCCUUUUAUUACUUACCAAAGUUAAAUAAAAUUGUGUGACUUUUCUAAA